CCGCCCGACAGUCGGCCCCACCGAGUCGCACAGGUGCAGGAGCAGGUAUGGCGGCAGCGAUGCAAUUCUUCUCGCGGCUGGCCGCGCUGGCCGUGCUGGCGGUGGCCCUGUGCCACGGCGCCGCCACCGACGACCCCUUCGCCGUGCCCAACGGCCUGCUCAUCGGGGCGGGGGUGUCCGCCAUCCAGACGGAGGGCGCCUGGGACGAGGACGGGAAGGGUGAGAGCGCCGCGGACCACGUCCUGCACACGGGCAAGCUCACUAAACUGGGCUUCAGCAACGACUCGCACCAGCACGACGUGGCGGCCAACUCGUACCGCCGCUACAAGGAUGACGUCAAGGCCGCGGCCGAACUCGGGCUCAAGUUGUACCGCCUCUCCAUUUCGUGGUCCCGAGUGCUUCCCGACGGCGUCGCGCGCAACGAGAAGGGCAUCCAGUACUACCACGACCUCAUCGACGAGGUCCUCAAGCACAACAUGGUGCCCCUGGUGACACUGUACCACUUCGACCACCCGUGGGUCCUGGAGGACCAGUUUAAGGGCUGGCAGAGCGACAAGAUGAUCGACUACUUCAAGACGUACGCCAGCCUCGCCUUCAAGGAGUACGGAAGCAAGGUCAAGAUGUGGAUCACCAUCAACGAGCCCAACAUGUACUGCACGUACUUCCCCAGCCUGUUCAAGGAGGCCGGCAUCUACACCGACGCUGACAUGGACCACUACGCGUGCAUUCGCGUCUCCCUCCUGGCCCACGCCGAGGCCUACCACAUCUUCAAAGACGCCGGUUACGAGGGCCAGGUGGGCUGCUCGGCCUUGCUCAUGACGGCGCGGCCCAACUCCACCCGCCCCGAGGACGUGUACGCCGCCGACGCCUUCAACCAGGUGUCCGCCGGCGUCGUCCUCAGCCCGAUCAUCCACGGCGACUACCCAGAGAUCGUGAAGGCGCACGCGACCAAGCAGUUUGUGCCGUUCACCGAGGCGGAGAGGCAACGAAUCACAGGCACCGCAGACUUUAUCGCCAUCAACGCGUACUACGGGAUGAUCGCUAGCUACUCCACCUCCAGCUUCAACCCCUUCAUCCACAUCCCCGUCAUCGGCCCCUUCAUGUCGGACGUUCCGUUCGUCUUCGUGAUGAUCGAGGGCGUCGACCUGCAGCACAUGAUGAGCAUGUUCAGUGUGGUCGAGCCCGACGCAAUUCGGUCGGCGGUGCUGUGGACUUGGAACGAAUACAAAAUGCCGGUGCUCAUCUCCGAAAACGGCUACGGCGACAUUUCGAACCUGGGCAAGAAGGACCGCACUCGCGGCGUUUACCACAGUGCUUUCCUGCGCACCCUGGUAUCAACGAUGAAAGAGUAUAGCAUCAAGGUGAUCGGCUACUGCACGUGGAGUUUGAUCGACAGUUUCGAGUGGAGUGCCGGAUUCGGCCGGCCGUUCGGGCUGAUCCACGUCGACUACGAGGGUGGCUCCCUGGAGCGCUCCCAGAAGGACUCGUCGCAGUUCUGGAUCGAGCUGGCCCGGACGGGGCGGAUCCCCCUGUGGGAGGAGGAAAGGCCAUCUUCGGCGGCCACGACGGCGGCAGCGUCGGCCUCCCUGCUUCUACUGGCGCUGGCUGCCAACCUCCUGUGAGACCAUUUCGACCACUGCAACCACACUGCAAUCAGACGAGUACGACGCGAAGGGAGGGAGAAGGGAAGGGACGGUUGAGUCGGUUGAGUCUUGGGGUGCGAUCGUGAAAUCCGAGAGCAGAAUCUCUGACAAAGACGAUGCCCUUAAACGUCGCGGGAACUCAACUAAAACAUCAUGCCCAGUCUUCCAUCGUGUGUCAUCUUUGGUGCCGCUGUCCAUU